UUGUGAGAACUACGCCUACCGGUUAGCUUCCGUUGUUCAGUCUGUAUGACUUUAUGUAACACCACGAGUCAAAGUAGGAAAAUAUCGAUUAUUUAAUAUUUUUUUAGGGUUAGUGUUUGUUUAUUGUUUACUCCAACCGCUGUUGAGGAUGAAUGUUGCUACACAGGUUCGCAUUAGUAUUCUUAGCUAGCACUCUUAGAUAGUUCGGUGCAUCUGACGCUACUUUUGUGAGCAUGCGCGGUUUUUGCUUGGCGGCGAGAAAUAAUUUUCCGUCAAAUCCUACGUGGGUGCUCGGCAUUGUCCGUGGGUGCUCGGGCCCGGAAGCUCACACGGGAUCGGCUCCUUGUGUUUCGGUGUCAUAAUUCAUUAGUCAGCUGUUUGAGUCCCACUCUAAUUCUAAGUACAAAUGUUUACCAACAUCAAACUUGGUGUUUUAGCUUUAGGCAGACUGCCUCCUAUUCAUUUCAGGACAAGUGUGGCAAAUGUUCUCUGCAGACAUCAUCGGAACCUCGCCUCUCAGUCCGGGGUCAAGGUGCUGUAUGAUGGACGUUGUCCCAUAUGUGUGAAGGAGAUUCAGGUCCUUCAGUUUCUGCAAAAAAACAAGCCCGACAAAGUGGACUUUGUCGAUAUCUCACUUCCAGGCUACGAUGGAUCCAAAUACAACGGGGUCAGCUAUGAGGCAGCCAUGGAGGAAAUGCAUGUGAUUGAUGAGAACAAUGAGGUUCAUCGGGGCGUCCCCGCGUUUGCAGUCAUGUAUGCCGCAGUGGGCCUGGACUUUUUGGGUCGCUUUAUGAUGUUGUCACCGGUGAGACCGUUGAUGGACAAGGCCUACGCUGUCUUUGCCAGGAAUCGCUUAAAGUGGACCGGACGCGGGGAGGAGUGCGCCACAGGACGUUGUGAAAAGAAAACGCCUUGACCCUUGGUGAAUAGAUAAAAUUCAGAAUCUAUAAACUACAUUUUGGGUUUUAGGUUUAUCAGGGACACAAAUGGACAAAAACACAGUCCGUUGCUUAACCCUCUGGGGACAUUCCAUUAUUAUUAGACAGGACAUAAAAGUCUAUAAGUCUUUGAGGGGUGUAAAACAAUUUUGGAUUCCUUUUUUUUUUUUGUUUACUUUUUUCUGAUCCAAUUUCUCAAACUUCAGUCCUAAAUCCUAAAGAUUUGUUUACCCUUUUGAAGGCUUUUUGAUCAGUUAAAUGUCACAUGUUUUUUGUAAAUUAUUUAAUAAAUGAAUCAGUUUGUUUAAUAUUUAAUUAAUUAGUAAAAUCAAAUUUAAUUAAUUAGUAAAAUCGCUAUAGUUAUGAAAAUAUAUACUAAUUGACUGUGACAUCGUUUCAUCUAAAGGGUAAAAUAAAAAUACAUGUUUGGUAAUAAUGUUCAGGGUUGAAGUUGAUUUCGGGAUUAGAGCAAAAAAAUGUCAAUCCAAACGUUUGUAUGACCCUUGAAAAAUGGAACAACUUUUAUUUCCCGCUUGGCUUUGGGGUAUUGUGGAAUAACUGCCAGUGUACUGUACACCUUUGAAAGAAUUGGACAUUGACAUUUUAAAAUUCAACAUGAAAACCCUCUCUAAGGAACAAUCAUGUAUAAUGGAGGAAUACCACAAAAUUGAUGUCCAAAAAUGUACUCAAAGGACUAAAAAGUCAGCCUUUGUCUCCUUAGGGUUAAGGGAGGUUUGCAGGGCCUGUCUAUGCAAAGUUCUUAAAGACGGGGGAAGAAACACCUAACUGUAGCUGUACAAUAACGGUUAUAUGGCUCUAGUCCAGUGGUCCCCAACCACCGGGCCGCGGCCCGGUACCGGUCCGUGGACCGAUUGGUACCGGGCCGCGGCCGCACAAAAAGUAAAAAAAUAAAUAAAUAAAAAUAUUUUAUUUUAUUUUUAAUUAAAUCAACAUAAAAAACACAAUAUAUACAUUAUAUAUCAAUAUAAAUCAAUACAGUCUGCAGGGAUACAGUCCGUAAGCACACAUGAUUGUAUUUCUUUAUGACCCGGUCCGUGGGACAAAUUUUCCAGCAUUGACCAAAGGUUGGGGACCACUGCUCUAGUCUAUGAAGAAGAAAAUAAAUUCAUGGGCAUUCAUGAGUCAGACAUAUUUCAUUUGUAAUUUGACUACUAACCAUAGUUUAUCAUCACUGUAUGUAAGAUGUUGCUUGAUCAGUUGACAUUAUUA